UCUCUCCUCCAUGGCCCUCACUAGGUGGUUGGCACGGCGACGCUGUUGCUGUGCAUCCUGCCCUUGGACGACAGGCUCAACAGCCCCGCCCCCAAGGGCCUGGUGCCGCCAUUGGUUGGCCUGGUCGUCCUGGGGAUCUCCAUGGCGAUGAGCUCCAACUGCGGGGCCGCCAUCAACCCGGCCCGCGACCUCGGGCCGCGGCUGUUCACGCUGACCGCGGGCUGGGGGACCGAGGUGUUCACGGCGUACCGACACUGGUGGUGGGUACCUGUGGUCGCCCCGAUGCUGGGCUCGGUCCUGGGCAGCUGCCUGUACCUCACCUUCAUCCAGUGGCACCUUCCCGACCCGCAGGGGGGCCCGAGCCCAGACGCCGCCUCCAGAACCAAGAUCCAGGCCCCCUCAGCCCCAGCCCCGCACAGCGACUCCGAGACCAUCGCCAUGCCCAGCUGGGACCCCUGACAGCGGGAGCGACGAGCUGGAGGAGAGGGACAGGGGCAGGAGGGGCAGGAGGGGCAGGAGGGACAGGGGCAGGAGGGGCAGAGGCCGGAGGGCCCCCCCCCCCACGGAAGGAGGGGAAUUUGCAUUUACCUUAUCUUAGAAAGUAAAUCAGCUGUGACUGGCUAAACGAACUCUCGAUUACUUUGCUGUUCCUGUUUACUGGAGAACCAGGCGAUUUAAUUAGUACUUAAGGACCGUGUGAGAGCGAAGGUCAGCCUCAGGCUCCAAACAAGGGGUCUCUUAUCAAAGCGGAUCUCUGCUCACCGUCCUGGAACAGCAAGAGAGGCUGUUAGGGCUUCCUGAUAUUCUAUCUUUAUGGCUUUCUCCUGAGCAGCUGCACAGCCCCACGUUGAAAAACAAAAAACCUGCAAAAACUGCAGAAGAAAAACCGAGGAAUGCAGGAGCUUCGGGUCUUCCUGUGUUUCGUAAUAUUCAUAAUAAUAGUAAUAGUGUGCAAAUGCAAGAGUUAAAAAUUAACCGAGCCUAGCCAAAAAAAUAUUCCUGUGAGGUUAAUAAUAAUAAUUAAGAGUAAUAGCAGUCUUUCUGGAC